UGUGUUGCUUUUUUUUUUCUUCUAACUGCUUGGCAGUCGUGCUUCAACUUGUAAUUAUUAUGCAGCCACAGUGAGAAAACUGGGGGCAGACUUGACGGAAACUUCCAAAUAUAUAAUGCUACCCUAACUGCAACCCCCACGGAAUAUAAUGAUUCGGGUUACACAGUCCUUGAGAAUUGCCGCUACUGUAUGAAAGGCGCUAUAAACGCAACAUUUGCAGACAACACCAACAGAAGCCAAACUUGCUGCAUUUAAAUAGAUUUUUUAAUUAAAUGUCUGAAUUUGUUCCCCGAGUUUUAAAUAAGCGGCGUUAACCUCUUCGCGAUUUUUAAAGGGUACGAAAAUGGAAAAAAAAAAAGAAUCGCCUGAUUAAUCUGUCUGGGAGCGACGCCCCGUCAGGUAGCCCAAGGGCUUUGUGGUCCAGUAAAAGAACACAGCAAACAAGCAAAUGUGAAAACGAGUGCGCUUACUUGUCUCGGCAUGAGAACGCAGGAGUCGUAAAGUGCGGCUUGUCACAAAACUUAACUGAAACCGUCCUCUCGCCGCAAAAGACGAACCUGAAACAUUGCGAGAUCUUUUAUCGUGGUUAUGAGGCUUUAAAGACUGAGGAGAGCUAUUGUGAUCUCGAUCGGAUUCGUAAUGACUACUCGCCACGCAUGUGGCACACUUAAAUAUAGUCCGUGAUCAAUAGGAAGAUAAUAGAGGCAUGUGGUGGCUCUUGGAGAAGUCCCAGAUGGCACAGUAGUGACCGUGAUGGCUGGCAAUGAUGAGAAUUAUUCUGCUGAGCUACGGAAUGCUUCUGCUGUUAUGAAGAACCAGGUCGCCAGAUUUAAUGACUUACGAUUUGUGGGCAGGAGUGGACGAGGGAAGAGCUUCACUCUGACAAUCACAGUCUUCACAAACCCACCGCAAGUGGCAACUUACCACCGAGCCAUUAAGGUUACAGUGGAUGGACCUCGAGAGCCCAGACGGCACAGACAGAAGCUCGACGACCAGCCGAAGCCUGGUUUGUUUUCCGAGCGCUUGAGCGAGCUGGAGCGUCUUCGACAGUCCACAAUGAGAGUCAGUGUUCAGACACAAAGCCCCCGCCCCUCCCUCAACUCAGCGCCGGCCCCCUUUAACCCACAGGGCCAAACCCAGAUAUCAGACCCCAGACAAGCCCCGUCAUCACCUACCUGGUCAUAUGACCAAACAUAUAGCCCCUAUCUGGGCCAGAUGACGUCUCCAUCCAUACAUUCCACUGCCCCUCUCUCCUCCACCCGCGCCACGGGGCUUCCUGCCAUCAGUGACGUGUCAAGACGCCUGCCAGGAGCAUCAGAGUUGAGCCCUUUCUCGGACCCCAGGCAGUUUGAGCGGCAGUUCCCUGGUCUGUCCUCUCUUACUGAGAGCAGAUUUUCCAGCCCCAGGAUGCACUACCCACCGGCCUUCACUUACACACCUACCCCGGUGACAUCGGGGAUGUCACUUGGCAUGUCAACCACCACUCAUUACCACACCUAUCUGCCACCUCCUUACCCAGGCUCUACCCAGAACCAAAGUGGACCCUUCCAGACCAGUAGCACCCCCUAUCUCUACUACGGUACAUCCUCUGGAUCCUACCAGUUCUCCAUGGUCCCGGGCGGCGACCGCUCCCCUUCCAGGAUGCUCCCGCCUUGCACUAGCGCUUCAACUGGCAGCUCCCUCAUCAACCCCAAUCUCCCGAAUCAGAACGACGGGGUGGACGCCGAUGGAAGUCACAGCAGCUCGCCGACUGUCCUGAACUCCAGUGGGAGGAUGGAUGAAUCCGUCUGGAGGCCGUACUGAAAAAGGAAAAAAGUGGGUCAACUCUUGGAGUCGACCACAUGAGAGACAGUCAGAAGAAGCAAUGAAGAGCAGCAACAUAUCAUUGAGAUUAUAGAGGAAUGGUUCGAAAAGCACAAAAAUUUCACGAAAAAUUCCUAAUGUUGCCAAAAGUGAGCGACCGCCUUAAUACGAUGCAAAAAAAGCCAAAGUGAGCAAUGGAAGUUAAUUUUGUAUUUAUCAGCAAUAAUUCCUAGUUUGGAAAAUACUUGUUUUUUUGUUUUUGUUUUUUCCGCCAGAAGAAAUGCCGGAAAUGUUUCAAAACUUUUGUCGGAAAUUCCCAGCAAUCCUCGUCGAGAUUAGGAUACGAGGACGGGGCUGUGGGCUCGCUUUGUGAGAGCAGAACCCAAAAGUUUCUGGACGAGAACGGAUUUCUGCUUCAUAAAUGCAGUUUGGUGGAGCACUUUUUUUUUAUAUAUAUAUAUUUUGUAUCUAAAUUUUAUGCUGCAAAUUUAGCACUGAUUGCCAGUCUUUUUGCUUGUUUUUAUAUGUAAUGGCAUUUUUUAAGGUACUAGUCGCACGUUUUUUUGUUUUUUUUGUCCUUAUUUUCUUAUUUGUGUGUAAGUUUUUUGUUCAAUUGAUAUUAUUUUGUUAUUUAAGUUGAAAUUUGGUACUUUAAGAAGGGUGAAGCCCCUUUCAAAGCCAUACGUAAUAUAAUGUAUUUGAUAAUGAGACUUGGAAUAUUUUGAAGCAUCUUCUUUAAAUGAAUAGCUUAUUUUCUUAUGUAAUUUAAAAUCUAUUUUUAUUGUUUGAAGACCCAAAGAAACUAUGAGUAGCACACCAGCGAUGCCUUAAGUUUCAACGUAUUUUUUAACCUAUUUAAGCAGGGAAGCAUUUGUCAGGGAGGAAGCCGGUCCUGUGUUCGCCCACUCGCUGUUAUAGACGGUUUGAUUCUUCCUUUUCCGAUCUCCACGACCCACCACUUUAAUUCGAUGAGCGCCUCUUUUAUGGCGAACACCAUCCCACGGCACUUUACAAGCACAUAUCUACCAUCGGUUAGCUGCUGUGAAGAUCUGCUACCCAGGGCCGGACCUUGGCCUACACAGCCGCACUUCCUAAAACUAUCACGAUGGUGCCUACAUUACAACACAAUAUUGGUUCAUUUAAUUUAUAACCGUGUCUGAAAUGACCGACAGUAUAUUUACGGUACAACUCUUUCUGUAUUUCUAUGUUUGUUGCUCUGCCAGGCAACGCAACUCCCUCAGGGUCACACGAGAGUCAAUGGCGGGGACCGAAGCAAUAAUAAAGCGGUUAGAGUUUGAUGUCUUAGCCACUAGGGGGCCACAUUACCUCCUUCUAUAAUGAAGACAAAAUAGAGACAUUCCGAGAAUUUAUUAUCCGAUAUGCUUGUCAGUGUACCGACAUUUGGAUCUGAGCAGUUGAUGCAAUUCUCCUAGGUUGUCAUAGGCAGUCAGUGAUGAGGAUUGGAUCAGUAAACUUCACAAUUCACCACUUUAUCUACUAGGUGGCCUCACUAGCCAGGACCUUUACAUGCCAAAGAAUGCCAAGAGGUUUUACUUUGAUUUGCUAAGCUAACGACGUUACCCAAGGAACCUACAAUCAGCACGGUACAACUGAUUCUAUAUUUCAACAACCAUCAGAAUCCCUCUCGAUCCUAAAGUCUGAACCGUUAACCUUGAGAUUUUCAGUUCGGCAACUUAGCUACUAGCUGUUAUGUCUGCCAAAGCAAAUGGAAAACGUUUAGAAUGAUGGAAGGGACGUAACUGGUCAUAACUGAGAAUCUGUGUCAGUCUUCUGUGGAUCUGAAUAUCAUGUCAUUUUCUAACCCACUUAGCCCAGAUCCGGGUCGCGGGGGUAUAGGACACAAGGCAGGAACAAACCGUAGACAUCACAGGGAUUCUAAACGCCAAACCAAAAAAUAAAACUUGAAGCCAGAAAAAGAGUCUAAAGUACUAACAGUGCACAAUUACAACCAUCACUCAGCAAAUUCUUUAGGUUUAUCCACAACCUCAGAUAACCGGAAAGUCCACUGUGCCAAUUUUUGUAUCCUUUCAUGGCAAGAUGUCAGCACCAUGCACCUCCAAGGGUUGUCGAAUAGCAAUGCCAUAACAACUGAUGCUCAAUAGGCCGACAAAAAAUUGACAACGAUUAGAAAACAAUUUCUAGUCAAAGAAAAAACGAUGCGAAAAUUGAGUUCUACGACUCCGGAAUUGCGAUAUAAAGUGUUACUGAGAGAGCCUAAGGAGAUGACAAAAUAAUUUUAAAAGAACCCAAAUUGUAAGUCUAGGGGGCCACAAUGCUCACUUCUGUAAUGAGGGUAGAAUGCCAAAAUGGAAACAUUCCACUUGUAUAAUGCCGAUAUCUCUAUUAAAUAUUACCACAAACCUUUUGUAAUUCUUACCCUGGAUUCGCACAGGAUAGGAUGUGACUGGGAAAAUUACACCGAUAGGCGUGCCUUCAAUGGUUACUCUGUGCUGUCAGCCUCAAAGCAGCCACACGAGUCGCAGCAACGUAUCGCUCCUCCGCUUAAAAUAGAAACGUAUCACGGCAGCAACCAGGGUGAGGAAGGGCCGCAGCUGGAGCAGGGCUCAAACUCUGUGUCUCAUCUCGCAUAACCGAAUCCAGUUUGAGCAAAUGAUGCCCAACCUCUUGGUUGAGGAGAACGUAUUUAAAUCUUCUUCUGUCAAGGAGUCUUUUAGAGACUGGACAAAAUGUCGAGAUUGCAUCAAAGACCUGAAAUGAAAGUAGAGGGACUACGUUAAGCACAACAACUGAAAUGAAGUGAACCCUUUGCUGUUUUUACGGAAAAUAAUGGAAUUUUACUGACGUGUCAGUUUGCAUGGGUCCAAUUUAACUAGGGUUUUUUUUUUUAGACUUUUUAUGUGUAAUCUUCAUGAAGAAGUGAAAAGAAACGGACAGGAGUGAUUUGGACGGGACUAAAAUAUGUUCGGUAAUAAUUACUUGACCCCACCUCCCGGUGUAAAACUAACUGUGUAAAGAUUACAAAGCCUUUUACUUUGUAUAAAAAGGCAGUAAUAAAAAUAACCCCAGGAAAAACAAGUUCAGGGGCAAAUGGACACGUCAGUAACAUUCUGUUAUUUGAGCGACUCAAAUGCAACUAAAAUUUCAGAGGUCCUCCGGUAAUAAUUAUGUUAUUAUUGGGGAAAAAGAACUGGCGGUACUCCUUGUUUUGGGUACUGAAUAACAGUGGGGUGGAGAUCCGAAGGUACGUAAAUAUGCACAAUUAUAUUUGAAUAUGGGGGAGGUCCCCCUUGGGGGUGUGAACAAAUGUAUCGAUGUUAUAGAUAAGGACUGCUAAUGUGGUCCGAGCUGACGUACAUUAACUACCGGCAUUUAUAAGGCAAGAAUGACAAAACGUCGGUACAGGGUACCCAUUUCAAGCACUGCCUUUAUCCCACCUCCCAGUGUAAAAACUAAUCCCUUCAGAAUAGGGUGAAAAAAUUACAGAGACCCUCCAUAAAUAAUGAACUUACCCCACCUUCUGGUGUAAAACUAAUCCUGUGCGAAUAGGACUGAAGUGAAGAGAGAAAGAAUAAUACGAAAUAAACCGUUCGUCUUAUAAUGUACAGUUCAGCUGUCAAGCAUUGUCAGUGUUGGGGUGUACCGGUAUCUGAAAAUCUCCAAAGAAACCCCAAUUUUAAAUCAAUUUUCAGUACCGAACGUAAACGACAGCUUUCCUCUCAAUGCCCCAUUACUCCCUUCCCUUGAUACUUGCCAUGUGCACUUCUUAGGACACGCCCCCAAACCCCUGAUUGCCUUGGAAGUGAUCGUGACUUUAAGUGCUCCACCCUCUUAUUGGUGAAGUCCCCCUUAUCGGAAAUUCACAUGGAACUAGAAACCCCCUCGCCUAUUUCUUUGACGCGAUUGGGACCUCUCAGGGGAUCCUCUAACUCCACCCUUAUUGCUUUAACAAGAUCGGAACAUUCACGGCUUCAAUAGGGUAGUGGUGUCUAGUGCGGUGCAAUGGCACGGCACACCGGGGAGGAUGGAGUAAGACAUGGGAUAUUGGAGUUAACCAGUAUUUGGAGUGUAUCAAUACCGUGUCACACAAACGACCAUAAGACGCUGAGGUGGUUUGGGGCAGCCACCCGUAUAAUUUUUCCUGGCUGCAAAAUUGAGUCUAAAGAACAGACAUGUUCACACA